AUGGGUGACUAUAACAAAGACACAGCCUUCUUGGGCCAAACGGGUCCGCACUUUUGGACGACAUUUAUGCUUCUCAACACCAUCUUCGUCUCCACCGGAUUCAACGGGCUCUACAUCGUCUUUGUAGGGGCAGCCCCCGAGCACCACUGCCUCGUCCCGGAUGUCAACCUCACGACGGCGUGGCAGGAAGCCAUCAUUCCCGUCACUGAGGUAGACGGCCAAGAGGUACGCAGCCAGUGUCUGCGCUACAAGUUGGACUUGGUCCGGAACCUCUCAGCAGAGGGAUAUGCUCCAGGGACAGACGUUGACCUCACAGGCCUAGAGCAGGAAGGCUGCUUGGACGGUUGGAGCUACAGCAAAGACGUUUACCAAACCAACAUAGUCACUGAGUGGGACCUGGUCUGUGACGACCAGUGGAAAGUUCCUUUUGCUUCCUCUACUUUGUUCGUGGGAUAUCUCAUUGGCUCGCUGAUCUCAGGCCAGCUUUCUGACAGAUUUGGAAGGAAGAAAAUUGUUUUUCUCUCUCUUGGAGCUCAGUGCAUUUCAGUCCUGUUACAGUCUUUCUCCCAGUCAUGGAGGAUGUUUUGCAUCACUUUCCUGUUGGUUGGAGCCUCCCAGAUUUCACUCUACAUUUCUGCUUUUGUACUCGGAACAGAGUUGUUGAGCAAGACAUUACGUGUGAUCUUCACGACGCUCGGAGCGUUCCUCUUCUACUGCAUUGGCUACAUGGUGCUGCCGUGGAUCGCGUAUGCCAUCAGGGAGUGGAGAACCCUCCUCGCAGUUUUAUCAGCUACCUCUGUGGUGUACCUCCCUCUCUGGUGGUUCAUCCCAGAAUCACCCCGUUGGUUAAUAACUCAGGGAAGAGUGGCGGAGGCCGAAGCCAUCGUAAGAGAGGCCGCUCGGAAGAACAAAGUCGAGGCACCACUUGUUAUCUUCAAAGAAACUGAGUCACUGCCUCCGAGUAAGACGUACACCAUGCUGGAUGUCCUGAGAUUCAGGAACAUUAGAUGCAUCACACUGAUGUGUCUUGUUCUGUGGAUGGCCAUCAAUGUGGGCUAUUUCGGUUUAUCCCUGAACACCUCCAACCUCAGUGGAAACCCUUUCAUGAACUGUUUCCUGUCAGCGACCUCCGAGGUACCUGCCUAUGUUGUAUCCACGUGGCUCCUGAAGAGAUGUCCCAGAAGAGCUCUACUGUCCACCUUUCUGGUCAUCGGUGGAGGAGUCCUGCUGCUCAUCCAGUUCAUCCCAGCAAGUCUUGAGUAUGUGGCCUUAGCUCUGGAAAUGACUGGCAAGUUUGGCUUCACCAUGGCCUUCGGCAUCGUCUACAUCUAUACGGCUGAGGUCUACCCUACAGUGCUCAGGAACCUCGGCAUGGGAAUAUGCUCGUCGGCAGCUCGUAUCGGAAGCAUCACAGCUCCCUACGUCAUCUAUUUAGGGACGUACAAUAAGGCUCUGCCGUACAUUCUUAUGGGAAGUCUUACCAUCGCUUCUUCUGUGGUCAACAUCUUCCUUCCAGAGACGUUGAACAAAGACCUUCCAGAAACUCUGGAACAGAUGCAGGAAUGGCAAGGGUAUGGCAAAUUUGAAAACAAUUCACAAGAGAUUCCAAGGAGCCAAGAUACAUAG